CUAUCAACCCCCAACGCAUCCUAGCCGAUGAUCCUUGAUUCGACGCUCUCAAUCAACCAAAGACUAAAUUAAUAGGAACUGCACAAAUAGCUUAAAAUUUUAAGCCAAUUGAUUUUCUUAAUUUCAAACCCCAAAUUAAACAAUUUCGCGACUACGUCCUAUAAAACCAAAUCAAUAGCAACACCGUGCGCUCACGUUCACGACUGGACUAUACUAUAACUACAUCUCUAGCUCACUAACCCUUUAUAGAGAGAGAGAGAGAGAGAGAGAGAGAGAGAGAGAGCUAGUUCUCCAUUGAUCAAUAUACAUUCCUAUGAGGAAGCUGUGCCCUAAUUUCGACAAAGAAGAUGGGUUGGACACCGUCCUCGAAGUCCCCAUCCCCGAGGAAAUGUUCACCUCGGGCGGCGGUGGUGGCGGUGGCGGCGGCGGCGGAGGCAACAAAUUCUGGCGCAAAAAUGUGAGGACGUCCGUGCGGCCGGGCAGCCGCUCCACUUCGUCCUCCCUCGGCAGGGCCGCCGAGCUCCAGCUCAUGCUUAGUGUCGUCGGCGCGCCGCUCGCUCUCCUUCCGGUCCCCGCCCAUAAGAGUACCAUAGCGAACUGCAACCCGAAGGACGGCCCUAUAGAGGCAUCUAUGGCGAAGUACAUAAUACAGCAGUACGUAGCGGCGGUGGGCGGGGAGAAGGCGCUGGACGCGGCGAGCAGCAUGUACGCGAUGGGGAAGGUGCAGAUGAGGUCGACGGGGAUUAACGGCGACGGUCGUGGCAAGAAGGGAGGCGGGGGAGGAGAGGUGGGGGGGUUCGUGCUGUGGCAGAAGCGGCGGCGGCGGCGGCCGGAGCAGCUGAUGUGGUGUCUGGAGCUGAUGACGGUGUCCGGGUGCAAGAUCAGCGCAGGGAGCGACGGCAGGGUCGCGUGGCGCCAGACGCCGUGGCAGCAGCCCCACGCCUCCCGCGGACCGCCACGCCCGCUCCGCCGAUCCCUACAGGGUCUGGAUCCCCGGCUGACCGCGAACCUGUUCGCCGACGGCGUUUGGGUGGGGGAGAAGGCGGUGGACGGGGAGGCGUGCUUCGCGCUGCGGGUCGACGCCGACCCCGCGGCGCUCCGCGCCCGCGGCAGCGGCGGCGUGGAGAUCGUGCGGCACACGGCGUGGGGGUAUUUCGGUCAAAAGACGGGCCUCCUCCUCCAGCUGGAGGACUCCCACCUCAUCCGCGUCGACGGCGUCUACUGGGAGACCAACACCGAGUCCUUCCUCCGCGACUACCGCGCCGUCGACGGCGUCGGCGUCGCCCACGCGGGGCGCAGCCACGUGGCGCUCUUCCGCUUCGGCGACGACGGACGGUCCACGUCGCGCGUGGAGGAGACGUGGACGGUCGAGGAGGUCGAGUUCAACAUCGUGGGCUUGUCGGACGACUGCUUCUUGGCCCCCGCGGAUCUGCAGGACGACGUGGGGGAUGAUAAGGGAGGGAGGACACGUGGCGGGACGCAGGCCGCUAGUGCCAGGAACAUCGGCCCCGCGCAGGUCGCCGCCGUUGAUAGCGAUCCGGCCGGAGGAGGAGGAGGCGGAUGCAAACUAAUUACUUAUUAAAGCUGCGAACUUUUCACUUUUUCUUUUUUCAUUUUUUUUUUUUGGUUGCUGUAUAACCAACCAAUGGCUUCGUGUAAAUAUGUAUUCAGAAGUUUGCGCCCAUGGAGAAAAAAAUUGAGGUGGUUAAUUAUAUUAUAUA